UUCGUCAUUAUUCUAAAACUAAAGAUUAAUCGCAGAGAUUGUUUUGAAAUAUGAUUAGUAUUCGUGGUUUACUGACGCCUGCUGCUGCUGAAAUGCGAAACAAAUUAUUUAAGUAUGGUCCAUUCAUUGCGCAUGCGACCGUGGUGGACAUCCCCUGAUUUUCCGCCAUCUUCCUCUUCGGUUGUUCAACCAUUGUUCACACAAGCUAAUUGUUGGUUUGCGGUCAGCGACUGGGUUGAUUUGUGCGCCUUUUUAUAACAACUUCUUUAAGUCUACAUGAGCAUUAUCCAAAAGGUCACAUAUUUAGAAAGUGUGUGUGCAUUACUCAAAAUACCAUAGGUACACGGAUUACUCACUCAGGGCACGACCUACAAAAACAUGAUGAUGAUGAUGGACGACGAACAGCCCAAAACCCUGUAUGUAGGGAACUUGUCCAGGGAUGUCACUGAGCCCCUCAUCCUACAGGUUUUCACACAGAUCGGCCCCUGCAAGAGCUGUAAAAUGAUUGUUGAUACUGCAGGCAAUGACCCAUACUGUUUUGUGGAGUUCUAUGAGCACAGGCAUGCUGCCGCAUCACUGGCUGCCAUGAAUGGACGUAAAAUUAUGGGUAAGGAGGUUAAAGUCAACUGGGCCACAACACCAAGCAGUCAGAAAAAAGACACAAGCAAUCAUUUCCAUGUCUUUGUUGGAGACCUCAGCCCAGAAAUCACCACAGAUGAUGUAAAAGUGGCCUUUGGUCCAUUUGGGAGGAUAUCGGAUGCUCGUGUGGUCAAAGAUGUGGCAACGGGAAAGUCUAAAGGCUAUGGCUUUGUCUCUUUCUUCAACAAGUGGGAUGCAGAGAACGCCAUUCAGCAGAUGGGUGGUCAAUGGCUAGGCGGCAGACAGAUCAGGACCAACUGGGCCACUAGAAAGCCCCCAGCUCCUAAAACCACCUAUGAAACAAACACGAAGCACCUGUCCUUUGAUGAGGUUGUGAACCAGUCCAGCCCCAGUAACUGCACUGUGUACUGUGGAGGAGUCGGCACCGGUCUAACAGAACAAUUGAUGAGACAGACCUUUUCCCCCUUUGGACAAAUCAUGGAAAUCCGUGUGUUCCCAGACAAAGGAUACUCUUUUGUGCGGUUUACCUCUCAUGAGGGAGCAGCCCAUGCCAUUGUGUCUGUGAAUGGGACUUCGAUAGAGGGCCAUAUGGUGAAGUGUUAUUGGGGUAAAGAGACCACAGACAUGAUGAGUCCUAUGCAGCAGGUGCAACAAGUUCCCCAGAACAAAGUGGGCUUUGCGGCCCAGCCUUACGGCCAGUAUGCCCAGUGGUAUGGCAAUGCCCAGCAGAUUGGCCAGUACGUCCCCAACGGGUGGCAGGUACCCACCUAUGGGGUUUACGGCCAGGCCCAGGCCUGGAACCAGCAGGGUUUUAAUUGAUGUUCCCUCCCCCAGGACUGAUGCACAGAAAAAACAUCUGCCUGCGCAAAAAAGCACUAGAUUAAACUUCACUCAACUUUAUGGAGUUUUCCCUGUUAACACUCAACAUUUCCCUUUACUGUGGGAAUUGUGAUCGAAUCAACGCUAUUAGCCACUUUCAAUGCAACAUCCUGAAACAAAACAAACUAUUCAAGCUAUUUUGUUGUUUGCCGAACGCAUUGGAGUAGGAUUCUAUUGCAUUGACAGGCACAACUCAGGCCUGUAAUCUACACAGACCGCUGCGCCAUAACCAAUCAGCUGCAGUAGGGCUAUAUGAAAAUAGAUCAUUGCCAUAUAUGGAUCUGUGCCUUUCUAUUGGAACUGGACUGUUAACAGAAUGAGCGGUCGUGAUUAAAUGCCCUUUUUUGAGAUCAAAGCGAGAGCUACAUGUAGCGACAUGCACAUUUGUUCAUAUCCUUUGCUAGUUAGUGAGUUAUUAGCCAAGUUCUAGAUAAUAUGUAGUCAGCGAUGGGAGAGUGAUUGCUUCCUACGAGAGCACACAACGUGUGCGUUUCUAGUCAUCUUUGAAAAAUGAGUCAGGUAAAGGGCUUUUCUUUUGUCUUAAAGGUGCAGUGUUGUAUUUUGAGACCGGCUUGAAUAAGCUAAGUUGCCAAUAGGCAGAGGAUGUUAUAAUUUGUCUGAUUCUCUGUAAUAAUGGUAUGGAAAUAAUGAUGUGUUUUAUUUUGUAAAGAGGUUUCUUGCAUCAAACAUAUUUUCAGUCACCUUGUCUGAAGGAAUAGUGGAUGAACAGGUUUAAUGUCUAGCCGUGCAUAUUUUUUUUUUCCAAAGUUAUGGUAUGUAGGUCUACAUUGGCUGCUACUUUAGGCUGAACAAUAGAACAGCUAUUUCCAUGUUAAAAUGUUAUGGGAUGCAUUUUCCAUUGUUUAUGGUAGGCUUACAUUAUAAUCAAAUAGCCACGGCAGCCUACUUGACCACAUAGUUUUAACUUAGAGGUUAUAUACAGCCUGUUCACAUUAAACGUGCGCCAGAAUUUUCACAACAGACCUGAAAUUUGCUCAGUGCUGAAAUCUUUGAGGGAACAUUGCUCCCAGACCCUGCCGCUGAAAAGUGUCCCCCAUUGCAUGAUGCUGCCACCACCAUCCUUCACGGUAUUGAUGGUGCGAGACGGGUAAUGAGCUCUGCCUGGUUUUCUCCAGACAUGGCGCUUUGCAUUCAGGCUAAUUCUUGUCUCUUCAGACCACAGUCUUUUGUGUUUAUGAUCUCUCUUCACAUGCCUUUUUGCAAACUUCAGUCGUGCCUUUUUCUCAGGACUGGCUUCUGUCGGGUUACUCCCAUAAAGCCCAGAUUGGGGAAGUGCUGUAGAGACCAUUGUCGUGGCAGGUUCUUCCAUCUCAGCCAAGGAGCUCUGUAGUUCUGUCAGUCGUCAUUGUGUUCUUGGUUACCCCCCCGGACUAAGGUCCUUCUUGAUCGUUUGGUCGGACGGCCAACUCUAGCCAGAGUCAGUUUUUUUCCAUUUCCCAAUAAUGGAGACCACUGUGCUCUUGGAAACUUUCAACACUGUAGACAUUGCUUUAUACCCUUCCCCAGAUAUAUGCCUCAUCACAAUUCUAUCUAUUUGGAGUGCCAUAGCAAAGGGGUGUGAAUACUUAUGUAAAUGCAAUAUUUUCUAUACAUUUGCAAAAAAUUCUAAAAACAUGUUUUCAACUUGUCAUUAUUGUGUGUAGAUGGGUAAAAAAGUAAUCAAUUCAAGCCAUUUUUAAUUUGGGUUGUAACAAUGAAAUAAAUCAAGGGAUGUGAAUAUUUUACAAAGGCACUGUACUUACA